CGAUCCCGUGAUGUAGUUGAAGCAAUUUUGCGCAUGCGCAGCACUGUGUCGCUCAGACUUCUGCACCGGUGAAUGAGAACAGAACGGAGGGAGAUAAUCUGCUGCCCGGUUCAGCAGAAAGCGUGAGCAGGUCUUCAUGGCCCAGUUCGGAGGGCAGAAGAACCCUCCGUGGGCGGCCCAGUUUGCCGCAACAGCGGUGUCGCAGCCCGGCCACUCAGGACAGUCUCUGGACCUAAACAGUUUACACUCUUUAGGGGUACAGCAGCCAUCCCUCUUGGGUGCGUCCCCUAUGUACUCUCAGCAGUCAGCUUUAGCUGCAGCCUCCCUCAACUCACAGUCUGCCGCCAACUACCAGCUCUCCCAGCAGACUGCAGCUCUGCAGCAGCAGGCUGCUGUAGCCGCUGCAGCUGCAUUACAGCAGUCUCAGAUCAAUUCAGCCCUGCAGCAGUAUCAACAGCAGCAGCAGCAGCAGCAGCAGCAGCAACAACAACAGCAGCAAGCUCAAGCCCCCCCACCUCAGCCACCACCCCAGCAGACCCUUUACAAUGUCCCACAUCAGCUCCAACAACCUCAACAAGCCCUGCUUUCACAGCCCCCUGUCGCCUUGCCCACGAGCUUGAGCCUGUCAAACCCGCAGCAGACGGCCCAGAUAACUGUGUCCUACCCGACCCCCCGCUCCAGUCAUCAGCAGCAGACCCAACCCCAAAAGCAGCGUGUCUUCACUGGUGUCGUAAGCAAGCUCCACGAUACUUUUGGCUUUGUAGAUGAGGAUGUCUUCUUCCAGCUCAGUGCGGUUAAGGGGAAAACGCCACAAAUCGGUGAUCGUGUACUGGUGGAGGCCAUCUACAAUCCCAACAUGCCUUUCAAAUGGAAUGCCCAGCGCAUCCAGACUUUACCUCAGCUGCCCAACCAAACGCACCAGCAGCCCCAGCCCUUACCUCAGGUUUCCCCACAGCUGUCCAGCUUUUACUCUGAAGCAGGAAUGCCGCGCUACUCUGACAUGCACUCUGCGGUGGAUUCAAGACAAAAUAGUCAGCAACCAGGCCCAAACAUGAUGAAACCUGGUCCCACCAUGCUGCAGUCCCUACCCCCUCCCACCACGUUCAGUGUCCCGGCCCAAGGGCCGCCUCCAUCUCUUCUGCAGGCCCAGCUCUCUGCAGCCUCUCUGGCCCCGCUGCUGCAGAAUCCACCUCAGCCACUGCUUCCCCAGCCACCCCCUAAAGAUUCUGUGUUUUCAGGGGGUUUACUGCAGCCCCCAGUGCGGAUGAUGCCUCAGCCACAACAAGUAAGGCGUGUGGACCCCUCUACCCGCUUCCCCAGUCGCAGUGACCGACCAGAGCUCAUCCUGAGGAAGGAUGACCGCAGUAGGGAGAGAGAGAGAGAGCGGAGAAGAUCAAGAGAACGUUCACCCACAAGGAAACGUUCUAGGGAUCGGUCUCCUCGAAGGGAACGUUCUCCAAGACGGCCACGCAGAGUGGUACCACGAUAUACUGUGCAGUUCUCCAAAUUCUCCCUUGAUGGUUCAAACUGUGAUAUGAUGGAGCUACGACGGAGGUAUCAGAGCCUCUACAUCCCUAGCGACUUUUUUGACGCUGUGUUUACCUGGGUGGAUGCCUUCCCCCUAUCUCGACCUUUUACCUUUGGAAACUACUGUAACUUCCACAUCAUGCAUAAAGAGGUGGACUCUCUGGUGAAGAACACAGCUGUGCUGGACCCACCUGAUGCCAAUCAUACCUACAGUGCAAAGGUGAUGUUGCUGGCCAACCCUAGUCUAGAUGAGCUGUAUCAUAAGUCCUGUGCUCUGGCAGAAGAUCCAGCAGAGCUGAGAGACUCCUUCCAGCAUCCUGCUCGCCUCAUCAAGUUCCUGGUGGGGAUGCGAGGAAAAGAUGAGGCCAUGGCCAUCGGGGGUCACUGGUCUCCCUCUUUGGAUGGGGCUGACCCUGAAAACGAUGCCUCAGUCCUUAUAAAGACAGCCAUACGUUGUUGUAAGGCUCUGACAGGCAUUGAUCUGAGUUUAUGUACCCAGUGGUAUCGUUUUGCAGAGAUACGCUAUCACCGCCCUGAGGAGACUCACAAAGGGCGGACAGUCCCCGCACAUGUGGAGACAGUGGUUUUAUUUCUCCCGGAUGUUUGGCAUUGUCUUCCUACCCGCUCAGAGUGGGAGGGCCUGUCCCGUGGACUCAAGGAGCAGCUGGCAGAGAAAAUCUUGGCUGAACGGAAGGAGGCUGAUGGAGAACAGGAGGAGGAGGAUAAAGAUGAAGAUGAUGCAAAGGAAGUCACCACACCGACUCAUUGGACUAAGCUUGAUCCGAAAUCAAUGAAGGUGAAUGACUUGCGGAAGGAGUUGGAGAGUCGUUCUCUGAGCUCUAAAGGGCUGAAGUCACAGCUAAUCGCUCGCCUCACCAAACAGCUGAAGACAGAGGAGCAGGUAGAGGAGUCCAAGGAGCCGGAGAAGCCUGAACCUCCAUGCGUGGAGGAGGUUGAGACCUGCAGACUUGAGGAUGAUAGAGAGGAGGAGGAGCGUAAGCGGCAGGAGGAACAGGAGCGCCAGCGCAGGGAAAGAAGGUAUGUUCUGCCGGAUGAGCCCACCAUUAUCGUCCACCCCAACUGGGCUGCAAAGAACGGCAAAUUUGACUGCAGCAUUAUGUCCUUGAGUGUGCUGCUGGACUACAGACUGGAGGAUAAUAAGGAGCACUCCUUUGAGGUGUCUUUGUUUGCUGAGCUGUUUAAUGAGAUGCUUCAACGAGACUUUGGCUACAGGAUUUACAAAGCACUUGCUGCUAUUCCGAGCAAGGAUGAGAGGAAAGAAAAAAAAGAGAAAGCUAAGAAAGAGGCUGAAAGGAGGGACAUAAAGAAGGAGAAGGAUGAAGAAAAUGGAGAGCCUGUCUCAAAGAGAAUGAGAGAAGAUGAUGAGAAGAAAAAGGAUGAGGAGAAGGAGAGAGGCAUUAAGAGAGAAGAAUCCAAAGAUGAAGAUGAUAAUGAAGAUGGAAGUAGCAACAACAACGCUGAUGAAUAUGACCCCUUAGAGGCAGAAGACGCAGACGACUACGAUGAUGAUGAUAAAGAUGAUGAAGACUCCAAUGGGAGAGACAGAAGAGAUGACCGUCGAGAUGACCGAAAAUCCAAAGACAGAUCUUCUAAAGAUAAAGAUGAGAAGAAAAAGCAGAUGUUGACGUUUAACAGGGAUCUGCUGAUGGCCUUUGUGUACUUCGACCAGAGUCACUGUGGCUACUUGCUGGAGAAGGACUUGGAGGAGAUCAUGUACACACUGGGCUUGCAUCUCUCCAGAGCCCAGGUGAAGAAACUGUUAAACAAACCUUUGAUUAAAGAGUCCUGCUACUAUCGCAAGCUAACGGACCGGCCUAAAGAUGAGCCCAGUCCUACACUGACCCCUGAUGCUCAAAUAGACAACCUUUUAGGUAACCAAACACUGCUGCCCAGUCAGAAGAGCAAGCGGGAAUUGGUGGAGAGUUGCGAGUCAGGUAGCCUGAUUGUCUACAAUGGAGCCAUGGUGGACGUGGGCAGCAUGAUGCAGAAGCUGGAGAAGAGUAAGAAAACCAGAGAGGAGAUUGAGCAGAAACUCAUGCAGCAGGACAUUAAAAUGGAGGAAGAUGCAAAGCAUACAGUAGAACUAGAGGCAGCUAACCGUAGUCUUCAACGCGAGCUGGAGGAGGUGAAGAACAGUUUAAGGGACACAGAGAACAACCUGAGAGCAUCAGACCAGCAGAAAGGCAGUUAUGAACAACAGCUCCACAGCACAGUCUCCAACCUUGACACCAUCAUGAAGAAAAUACAGAGUGUUUUAUCAAAUGUCGAUCCCUCAGAAGAUGGUGACCAUAAAACACAAGCUAAUGGCUCUGAUGAGUGAACUCUUUAGCUCAUCCACAUCUUAGUCCCCCUCAUAUAUGUAAAUAAGCUCGAAACGUACUCAAUUCUGAAGCUAAUUUUAUUUUGAUACAUUUUUUUUCCUUGUACAAAGUUUUAAUGACAGCGGAGCUAACCAAACUCAAUUAUAUACGUACACAUUCUUUGACAAGUUAAUUUGAUCAGAAUAAUUGCUUUCAAUAAACACUUAACAAGCUCAUGUUGAAUAAUUAGUUCAAAUGAUGUAAAAUUGUAAUUCGAUUAAUGUUAAUUCAAAUAAGCUUUUUUUUUUCUUUUGCCUUUGCUAGUAAUUUUAACAUGUUUUCCUUAUCAGCAUAUUUUCUUGUUGAAAUAAUACAUGACUUGUGCCAGUAUGUGUGAGUUAUUAGCAGAGUUUAUUUAGCAAUAAAACUGUUAUUUAUGUUUAAAUUGAGUUUAGAAAAAUCAGUUAGGAUUUUAUUAGGAACUACAAGGACCUGCUUUCUGAUCCCUUUCAUCGUUACAGUGACAAACAGUGAUCGAUAGUUAAAGUUUUGUUCAAUAUCUUUCAUUUGUUUUGCUGACUCGUAUCCCACGUCUCUAUGCAUGCAUCUAAAUAAGUGCAUGCAUAUCAGCUCGGUUCCUGAAUAUUCCUUGCACAAUUUUUUGUUCAUUUGAUCCCUUAAUGCUUCGUUCUGUGAUCCUUGUGUAAUCCUACCAGGGUAGCUUUGUGUGAAUGUGGCCAUGUUCUUAUUCAUUGCAAACAAAACCAGAGCCCUGUUAUUGAUGCACAAGUUUGAUCUGGCUGAAGUCAGAUCCAUUAUGAGUCUUGAGUACUUCAUAGAAUAUUUCCGAAUGAUUGUAGUGUUUCAGAAUAGUGUGAAUCGAAAACUGUGCAUUUUCCUGUAAUUGUUUUGAAGGCGGUGAAUUCUUCUGUUCUGAUUUAUUUCUAUUAGAAGCCCACUAAAGAUGAGACUGAUUACAGUGGGUGGUUUCUGCUUGGUGGAAAUGAGCCCAAAGCAGCCAAGUGCAUAUUAUUUUUCUGUUCUGGUUGUACUCCAUGGUUGUCCUGGUUAAAAAAUAAAUAAAAGUGAUUCAUUUUAAUAUUUCACCAAAAACUUUUU